AUGCCUGGGCAGUAUGCCAGGGACCAGCCCCAGGGCUUUUCGAACUACAUCCAGAAAGUGGCCAUCGUCGGACCCUUCCGUCUAACCCGUUCCGUUCCCCAGGCCGGCGGCUUAAUCGGUCGCCACCUUACUGAGCACUUAGUCAAGGCGGGCAAGCACGAUGUAACAGCCAUCUCGCGUCCUAACAGCAUCAAGCAGCUGCCCGACGUUGUCCGGGUCGUCCGCGUCGACUACAGCGGCGACGACACCUCGGCGCUAGUGGAAGCACUCCGUGGCCAGCACGCCCUGAUCAUCACCAUGGCUGUCUCAGCUCCGCGAGACACCAUGACCAAGCUCACCCAUGCCGCAACCGAAGCCGGCGUGCCGUACAUCCUGCCCAACUGGUUCGGCCACGACGCGGCCAACGACCCGCUCUGCCAGGACAGCCUCCUAACCGAAAUGCGCGACACCGUCCGCUCCGAGAUCCAGCACCUGGGCGUCAGCGCCCCGCUGUUCCUGGUCUGCAACUUCUGGUACGAGUUCAGCCUGGGCGGCGGGCCCGACUGCUUCGGCUUCGACUUCCCCACGCGCUCCCUCACCCUGUUCGACAAGGGCACCAUCGCCAUCAACACGACCACCUGGCCGCAGUGCGGCCGCGCAGCGCUACAGAGAGGCCAAGGCUGA